CCCUUUGCACACCACACAGUCACACAGCCAACGAAUUACUAAGCUAGCAGAAGCAAGAGUGUAGCUACCGAGAGAUAAAGCAAAGCAUAGGCGCCAUGGCUGCCUCUGCUUCUUGCCUCGCCUUUUUGGUGGCGGCGGCGGUGGCCUCGGUGGCGUCGGCGCAGCUGUCGUCGACGUUCUACGACACGUCGUGCCCGAACGCGCUGUCCACCAUCAAGAGCGGCGUGGACGCGGCGGUGAUGCAGGAGGCGCGCACCGGGGCGUCGCUGCUCCGGAUGCACUUCCACGACUGCUUUGUGCAUGGCUGCGAUGGGUCCGUUCUACUGAACGACACGUCUGGGGAGCAGAGCUCACCUCCAAACAAGGGAUCGCUGAGGCGCUUCGAUGUCAUCGACAGCAUCAAGGCGCAGGUGGAGGCCGUCUGCCCUGGGGUCGUCUCCUGCGCCGACAUCCUCGCCGUCGCCGCCCGAGACUCCGUCGUCGCGCUCGGCGGGCCUUCGUGGACCGUUCUACUGGGGAGAAGGGAUUCCACCGCUUCAUUCCCGAGCGAGACAACCGACCUCCCAGCUCCAACAUCUAGCCUCCAACAGCUGUUAUCUCUGUUCAGCAACAAGAACCUCGACGCAACAGACAUGGUUGCUCUCUCAGGGGCUCACACUAUCGGACAGGCGCAGUGCUCCAACUUCAAUGACCAUAUCUACAACGACACCAACAUCGACGCCGCCUUCGCGACAUCGCUGCAGGCCAACUGCCCUGCAUCAGGCAGCACCAGCCUAGCGCCGCUGGACACCAUGACCCCCACCACAUUCGACAACGACUAUUACACCAACUUGAUGUCGCAGAAGGGGCUCCUGCACUCGGACCAGGAGCUCUUCAACAAUGGCAGCACCGACAGCACGGUCAGCAACUUCGCGUCCAGCGCAUCGGCCUUCACCAGCGCCUUCACGGCGGCGAUGGUGAAGAUGGGAAACCUCAGCCCACUCACCGGAACUGAUGGGGAGAUCAGGCUCGCCUGCGGGAUCGUCAACUCCUCCUAAUUAAGACGGACAUCGACGACGACGACUCACGUUGGCAUAAUAAUCAGCAUCAAGUAUGGGAAUGUGCUGUACUGCUGAUGAGCGCCAACCCGCAUUCUCAGUUCGCAUAGCCAAUAAGAUCCUGCAUGCAUGGACUACCAAGCAACAAGGAUAUAUAUACAUAUAUAUAGGAGUAUGUAUAACGAGUGAUGUACGUAUGUACGCCACCUCGAUUUCUUUGUUCCAUAUCAAUAUGCAUGGAACGGAUACUUAUAGCCGUGUGUAUCGAUCUACAUAUGUAACGAGGACCUCUCAUGCAAAGGCAUUGGGAGGUUAAUUAGGUACUACUAGCCAAUCAUAUCACUUUCCCUAGCUAUAUAUGUUUCCACAUUUCCUAUAGUUCAUAUGCUCCAAAUUGACGACAAUUUCAGGCAACCCUUAAAUCA